GUUCAUCCUAUCAUGAGCGAUGGAGGUGGCAAGCGGUCGGACGAUGAGGGUGAUGAUUUGCUCUGGAAUGAUUUCGAGAAUUGCGCCCAAUCGGUCUCGCUGCUCUAUCGUAAUCCAUCCUGGAAAGCGAUGCAAGCGGCAGCUGCGUUCACCACACAGCUCUACAAAAGUGGCCUGGAGCACAAGAAAAAAGCUUACGACAGAGGUUACACGGCUGGCAAGCAAACACUUGCGCGUGAAAUUUAUGCGAUGCGCCGAUGUCGUGAGGCUUCCGUUGAGGAUGUCUGGAAGCUGCUUGCA